AUCAUUAUCUAAUCACAGUAUAGAGCAAACUUAUUUAGUGCAACGUGGCUAAAAGAGCUUCUUUUCGAAAUUAUCGCUUUACUUUCAAACUUGUCCUUUCCCAUAUAAAUGGUGACAGGAGGAUCGACAACUGGCAAAACAGGAAAAUCGCAAAGGUAUCAUAUUUUGAGAAUGUCGAAAUCGUUUCUGGUAACACUUCUCAUCACUGCUUAUUAACUCACUUUCGCUAACUGUCUCUUAAAUUGCUGAGAAAUACAACAAACUUAUAGAUUCCUGUCUUUUGCCCUUUAACCGAUCAAUCAAUUUUGACAGUCGAUCACGAUAAAGUUCUACCAUGAAAGCAAAAUACAAUAAGAAACCAAAGAACUCUGAUAUAUUAUCAGCUGGAAGCAGAAUAUAUGCAAAAAAAAGAAAGGCAAAGAAAGACAUUGUUGAAAGUGUCGAGUUUGACGAAGCAAGUCGAAAAGAGUUUCUAACAGGUUUUCACAAACGAAAAUUGGAAAGAAAAGCAAGGACAAAGGAAAAGUAUGCGCGAUUAGCCAAAGAGGAAAAAAUACAGGCCCGUAAAGAAGCCAGAGAAGAAAGGAAACGUUUAGCAAAUAAAAAUGUUGAGGAAAUGGCAGCACUAUUACGGUCGAAUAUUGAUAAUGAUGAAGAAACACUCGGCUUUGAGGAUGAAGAUGAUGAGGAAAAUGGUGAUGAAAAAAAGAAGAAAGCACCAAAAGUCCAAGAAUUCAAGAAUAAAUCAAUGUUAACAACAGUAACAGUUAUUGAAGAUUUGGAUUUGGAGGAACAAUGAAGGGAUUGUCUUUGGCUUAUAUCAAAAAUUAACUCCAAACUUCCACAUUUCAAGAUCGAUUAUUUAUUCUUAACACAAAUUCAAAUGUCUAAAACCACAUCUGCUGUCAUCUUGAUCGAGCGUCUUUUGAUGUGUCAUAAAUACAAACGAUCUUAUUUUUCUCUGCUGAGUACAAGUGUUCACCUGAAGGAUUCCAAGCAACACCGCAAACAACAGAACUAUAGUGUUGUUAAAUGUUAUUUACAGUUCUCAUAGAAUAAUAAAUCAGUCUCGAUUUGCUCAUUGCAUACCUGUGAUCCGCGACAGUUUUUUCCAGAUUUCCGGUUCUUGUAUUCCA